AUGGACGCGACCGAUAUCCAUCAGGCUCUGGAAUACGUGAGCCGGGACCUUCGGCGGAAACGUCUUCACCUGCACUUGAUAGUGGGCGGCAGCUCACUGCCCUGUCUCCUCUACAAGACCAAGGCUACAUGCACGAGUUUGAGCAUCAUCAUGAUCUCAGAAGUGUGCCCGAAAACGCUUGAAACACUGACGCGGUCGGUGCGCCGAGCGCAGAAGCUCUUCGGGCUGAACUCGGACUGGGUCAACACAACGCUCGAGAACUCGAUCCCGUCGGACGUCAAGCAGCAAGUGAUCGACCGCAGCCUGUUGCAGAACGACAUCGUGUUCUCGUCAGAAGGUCUGACGCUGUUCGCACUGGACCACUGCUUCUCGCUCAAGUCGACGCUCGACAAGCUGUCGCGGGGUUCAUGGGACGCCAAUUUCGACGAUGCGGUCGAGGUCCUGCGAAGACUGGUGUACAUCUCGCGGGGCCGCCCGAUGACCCGCGGGUACAUCCGCCGCUGCUAUGCGAAGAUGGAGGUCGCGGAUAACAUGCUGCUGCGCUUGAACUGGGAGUACGAGCGACUGCACGGGCAUAGAGGCGUCGUCGGCGUCAACGACGAGUACAUGUGCUGGAGGCGGGACGGGGUCAAGUGGAGCGAGGAGCUGGAGGCGUAUGGCAUGGAGAUCGGGAUUUCCCUGAGUCGGUCGUCGAGCGCGGCGUCGUCUCGAAGCGAAGACUGGGAACUAAAGCCGUUACCGGAACCUCCGGUGAUCGAGGAGACAAUUGCCGAGAUUUUCGCGAAGCGGCCCGGUUUCUUUUGA